AUGGUGGGACUCUCACUCGUCUUGUCGCUUGUGGCGGCAGCCGCAAUGGUUCUGGCGGCAGAUGCUCACAGCAAGAAAGUCGUCAAGAGCUUCGUUCCGGGAGCUUACAUCUUCGAACUCGAGGAAGGCCAUGAUCCUGCUGCCUUCGAACGGUCGGUUGGCAAGGAUGGCACUACCCGGAUGAAGCUCGACUACGAGCUGUUCAAGGGUGUCUCCGUUCAACUACAUGAUGUGGACAAGGCCCACGAAAAGGCAGCGAAGCUGGCAGCCACACCGGCCGUCAAGGCUGUUUACCCGGUCCAGCUUUUCAACAUGCCAAAACCCAAGGUAGAGUGGGUUGCACAGGAUAACACCAAGGCGCCGAGUGGCCUCCUCUCAUCAAGAGCCGAUGAAAGUCCCGACAUCUUUUCUCCUCAUGUCAUGACUCAAGUCGACAAGCUUCGUGCCAAGGGAAUUACUGGAAAGGGCGUUAAGAUUGCCGUUGUCGAUACUGGUAUUGAUUACAAACACCCAGCUUUGGGGGGCUGCUUCGGCAAGGGCUGCCUGGUCGCCUUCGGAACCGACCUGGUUGGCGAUGCCUAUGAUGGUUCCAACACUCCCUACCCCGAUUCCGAUCCCAUGGACUGUGGCGGCCAUGGUUCGCAUGUUGCCGGCAUUGUCGCUGCCCAGCCAAACUCGUACGGAUUCAGUGGUACCGCUCCCGGCGCUACAUUGGGUGCCUACCGUGUUUUUGGCUGCAAGGGCCAGGCCGGUAACGAUGUUCUGAUUGCAGCCUUUAACCAGGCCUAUCAGGAUGGCGCAAACAUCAUCACUGCAUCUAUCGGUGGACCUAGCGGUUGGUCUGAGGAGCCAUGGGCUGUGGCCGUCUCCCGUAUCGUCGAUAAGGGCGUGCCCUGCACUGUUUCUGCUGGCAAUGAGGGCGCAGAAGGCAUCUUCUAUGCUAGCACUGCCGCCAAUGGUCGUCACACCUCAGCGAUUGCUUCAUUUGACAACGUCCAGACCCCUGCUCUCCUCUACAGCGCCAAGUACCAGAUUGACAGCGACGCCGAUGUAAAGUUCGGCUAUGUUCCGUCUGAGCCGGCUGACUGGGACGGCGUCACGCUGCCGGCAUGGUCCAACAGCCUUGACCCUACGAUCCCGAAUGACGGGUGCGACCCUUUUCCAGACAACACGCCUGAUCUCGGCAAGUACAUUGUCCUGAUCCGUCGGGGCACUUGCGCAUUUUCCCAGAAGGUAAACAAUGCCGUCGCCAAGGGUGCUAAGUACAUCGUCGUUUACAACAAUAAUCCCGUCGGCGCAAUUCCUAUGGACCUUGCGGCGGUUCCCCCUCGUUCCAUCAAGGCAGCAUCCAUGAUUGACGGCAAGACUGGCACAAAUUUUAUCAAUGCUCUCAAGGAUGGCAAAAAACUCACACUAAAGAUGGUGAGCCCUCAAAAGGCCGACACAGACGUCAGCAGCUCCAACAACACCAUUACUGGUGGCGCCCUUAGCACGUUUACCAGUUGGGGCCCGACCUGGGAAAUGGACGCCAAGCCUCAGUUUGGUGCUGUUGGCGGCAAUGUUCUUUCCACUUAUCCCCGGGCCUUGGGCAGUUAUGCCGUCCUCUCCGGGACAUCCAUGUCCUGUCCCCAGACCGCUGGCAUUAUCGCUCUAAUCCGCGAGGUCCGCGGUGCUUGCGAUCCUGCGCUGAUUCAGAAUCUGCUUUCUGCCAACGCCAAGCCGCAACUCUUUAAUGAUGGCAGUAAAUUUUACGAUUUCUUGGCGCCUGUCCCUCAGCAGGGCGGUGGUCUGAUCCAGGCAUAUGAUGCAGCAUAUGCCACCACCAUUCUUUCGCCUUCCAGCUUGUCAUUCAAUGACACUGACCACUUUGUCAAGAAGCUCAAGUUUAAGCUUGAGAAUACCGGCAAGGAGAAGGUGACUUACAAGAUUACACACGCUCCCGCCAUAUCCAUGUAUGCAUUGGGUAAAGAGUCGUCCGCUGUUGAGCCGUUCCCGAAUCAGGCUAUCGAGGCCGCCGCCGCCACCAUUCAGUUCAGCGAAACCAGCAUUACACUCCACGGUGGCCAAUCCAAGUCUAUCAGUGUUUCUCCCACGCCGCCUCAAGGUCUGGAUGCCAAACGUCUUGCUCUAUGGUCCGGCUACAUUGCUGUCAAUGGCACUGAUGGGACGUCUCUGUCACUUCCUUAUCAGGGACUCACCGGUUCCCUGCACAAAUCCCCGGUUCUGGGUGCUAAUAACACCUGGAUCUCCAAGUCGACUGACAAACAGUCCAACCCCCAACCCCCAAACUCGACGUUUUUGAUUCCCGCACCGGGUAACGCGGGCUCCAACGACACUCUUCCUCAGCUCACGGUUUCACUGUAUCUUGGCUCUCGAAAGAUCCGCGCCGACAUCGUUCCGCUGACGACGUGCCCUCCCAAGAACUUGACAACUGAAUCCCAUGGCAUCAAGACUAUUGGCCAGCCUUACAACUUCCCUUCCCUCUGGGGGACCCGCGGUCUGAACAACUUCCCGUGGGACGGCCGCCUCGACUCUGGCAACUAUGCGCCUCCUGGCAAGUACAAGUUUGUUGUGUAUGCCCUCAGAAUAUUUGGUGACGAGAAAAAGAAGGAGGAUUGGGACGUUAGCACCUCGGCGCCUUUGCAUAUAAAAUACCUCUAA